CAAAGCUGUUAAAUAGUUGCGACAAAUUAAAUUAAUUUUAUCCAGAAAAAAAACGUGCAGAAACUAUCAGAUUUUUUGCUCUGAAGUGGUCUCAAUAUGUUAUAUAUACUUUUGGUUUUCUUAGUUCUUUCUGUGCUGGGAAAUUUUGCACAUGGAAACUCAGGUAUUUAUUUUUAAAAAUUAUUCAUUAUUUUCAUAUCAAGAUGAAAACAGAGGCAUUUUGUAUUGAAUCGUUAGUUGUUGUAUUCAUGAUUCAUCAUAAUUGAGGGUUCAGUUCAAGCGUGUAUUUUAACAGUAAUUUGCAUUUACUGAAUUGAUGCCAAAGUCGAGUCAUUUUAUGCAGACAAAAAUAUGCCAUCUGCAGCUCAUUAAUUUUUAAAACUUUAAAUUUUAGAGCAAAUUAACAUGACUUUUAACUACCAAACUCACAAACGUCUGUGAGGUACUCAAACUCUGCAAAUUAAUUACUUUUAGAUGAGUUGACAUGGCAUGAAAUGACAACCAAGAGUCGUUCCCAACCAGGUGGCCGCUUUAAUGCACAGACUUGGGUAGAUGACCAGAAGCAAUUGUGGUUGUAUGGUGGCAAGAGAGUUAUCAGAAUAAAUGGAUCAGACGUCAACCACCAUCUUCAUGAUCUGUGGAAGUUUAACCCGGGCUCAUAUCAGUGGUCCAAAAUAGCCAAUCAAAAUUCAUCGAAACAGCCUCAGUUUAACGGAGGUUCCUCAUGCUUUUGCCGUGGCAAGGCUUUUGUAUUUGACCAUCAAAAGAAGUUCCCAGAAUUAUGGGUUUAUAAUAUAUCUUCAAAUUUGUGGAAUUUGAUUCAAAGUCCAAGUAACAUGAAGAAUGCUCAGGAUUGCUUUGCAAUGUGGUGUAAUCAGGAUUCUGGCAUUAUAUCCAUGCUUUGCCAUGAGAAUACAGGGGUCAUGAAAUUAUGGAUUUUCAAAAUAACAUCAGGGAUCUGGAGUUCACAAACCUUUUCAAACAAGUUCACAAAUUCAUCUGAUAGAAAUAUUUCAAGUCAAAUUUCUGUCUGGAACGACCCUGAUGGUUUGGUGUAUGUAUACAUGUGGUCGCACUCUAACCGAAAUAUCGGGAAGAACUCGGUACUUUUGUUAAUCAGUCAUGAUGACAUUGUGAUCACUGAAGUAAACAAUACAAAGCUGGAGUAUAUGUCGAAUAGAAAAGGAUUUAUCAGAUGGAUUGAUAGCCAUGGUAAUGAUCUUCACUUGCUUGGAGGGAGAAUCACUAACGUCACGACUAAUAGCUCCGCUGCUCAUUGGAUGCUUAAUUUGUCUGACUACACUUGGGUUACAGUAAAUUCAAAGAACAUUAAACCUAGCUCAAGAGCUGGAGCUUGUUUCUGGCAAGUUGAUGGUAACCUGUGGUUAUUUGGUGGAUACAGAAAAGAUGGUGAAGGACGCAUGGUUGUUCUCAACGAUUUCUGGAUUGGUAAUACCAGUAGGCCUGUAGUGGUACAUCGACCAACACUUGUUAACCGUAAUCUACCGGGCGAUACGUUAGGGUUGUCUUUGGUCAAUAAAUUGAUCAUUUCUCUGGUGACUCUGUUCGUUGUCAUGGUGGUGAGCAUAAGGCUGUGCUAUAAGCGAGAGUUGAAUCAAUUUAUGUCGAGGUUGCAGAAAAAUCGAGUGUUGUAUCAUGAACUAAGUCAGGAAGGUGACAAAAGUACCAGACUAUAAACAAAUAUUUAACUUGGGUGUGUAUUUUAAAAAUUGUGAAUUAGAAAAAUAAUUUGUACAAAUAAGGAUGUCUAUUAUAAUAUUGUUGUUAUUAACUACAAAAAUUAUUUAAGUACAGAAUAAACUUGCUAUAUAUAUCAUGUAUCAUGUAUGUACAUAAAUUGUAUUGAUAUAGUAAUUGAUAAAACUAAAUUAUAUUUAUGAUUAUUGGAAUGUAUUUAUUACAGUUGGGGUAUGAGAACUAUGCUUCUGAUGCCUGCAUUGAUUUAUUUAUAAAACGUAUUUGUUAAGUCUAAAAUUAAUUGUAUAAUAGGCACUUAUGUAAGUAUUGAGUUACAAAUAUUAGUUCCAAUUGUUGUCCAUCAAUAAAAUAUACUGUGUGUAACAAAAAACCUUUAAAUUAAAUGUCUGUCCAUAUUUCUCGAAUAAAUAAUAGUAUUACAUAAAAGUCACUUCAUCAAUUGAGACAGUGUUGAGUUCCUCUCGACGAUUACACUUUAAUUCGAUGCAUUUCAACGGUGUUCCCCACACAACAUGAGUUUUGUCUUUCAAAGCAUACAAUUUGCACUGAAGUGACGUUUGAAUCGUACUUCCAUCUUCAAAUUGUACAUGGAGGGGAAGAAAUGUUCGAACUUUUUUUGAGGUCUUUUGCACCAUACCAGAAGACCAUGUACCAGAGAAGCUUGUUUGAGAAUCUGUUUUGGUUGAUGUGCCAUCAACAUUUAUGCCACUUAAACUUACAUUGCUGUAAAAGUUAUUAAAAUAUUAGGGGAUAUUAGCAUUAAAGCAUA